UCUUUGUCACUCACAUGGAAGGAAGGGCGGUCCGUCGCGUCUUCGGUCCGCCGAAGCUAGUAGUGACAUGUAUGCACACAACAAAGGAAGGUCACAGCGUGAGGGCAUGCUUGCAAGAAAUUCAAGCCGCAAAGAUGAGUAGGAAGUCUACAGCAGUCGAAUAUGAAGGUGCUCCUCUACUACUGCUGACCGUCUUCGAGGAAGACAAGGACCUCUUCUACAAAGUAAUCGAGGAAACUGGGUGUGACGAUGACUUGGCAGACAUGCCAGGCUGUCCCUUCAUUUGUGCAAAAGGAGGGAGCUUUGUGACUGCUAAGUCGUUCACGAUAUACAUCGACAGCCAGCCAGUAGUCCACACGUCCAGCCCAUGCCAGGCCUUCAAGCUCGUGUUCUUUGCUCACUUUGCCUUCAACGUCGUUUACCGCAAGGAGGCAAGCCUGUGUUUGGAGUUCAUGCAGAGGGACAUUGCUGCAGUAAACCCAGGAAAAGACACGAAGGUUCAACGAACGAAAUCCAAACAACAUUGCUUGACGCCCAAGCUUGCAGCACUGGUGACAGCGUUGCCUGAUUAUGACUUCUAA